GGAUCUUUCAAACCAGACAACCCCCCACCCCUUCUUCUUCUUCUUCUUCUUCCUCUCCCCUCUCUCUCUCUCUGCUAAACCCUCACCAACUCUCAACUCCUUUCACUUGUUACUCUAAUUUACAUCUUUCUAGCUGACUCGAGUGGUUUUAAUUUUUCUACCCUUCGUUUGAUUUUAAGUUUUACCCAUCUUGAUUAAUUCUUCUUGGGCUCCAUUUCUAUAACUACUACUGCUACUGCUAGUAGCUAAGUUAUUUUCUUUCUCUUUUCCUGUAGAGAAUUUAAUAUCAUUAUAUAUAAGAGUUUCAGCAGGAGCAGAACACAAAGGAAUAUAUUAAUUUUUGAGGUUGUGUACAUGGGGUCUCUCCUUCUGCUCCUCGGGGGUUACAUUUAUUACUAUCGUUUUGUUAGCAUCACAAUGGAAUGUUGGUGAGGAAGUGAGAGGUGGAGAGAGAGAGAGAGAGAGGGAAUUUAAUUUAAAGCUCUCGCUCUGGCAACAACUACUGCUCAUCAAUGGAGAGGCUCCAAGGACCCAUUAAUCCUUGUUUCUUAGGGGAGCAUAACUUGGAUUUCGAAUGCUUAGACCAAGGAUUUAUCAAUACAGAAAGCUUAAGAUUUGGAGAAGAAGGACCAUACUUUUCAAGCCCAAUCUUUGAUGAAAAAAUGCCUUUUCUUCAAAUGCUUCAAACAGUAGAAACCCCACCCACUUUUCCCUUCAAAGAACCCAGCUUUCAGACACUACUCAAACUCCAACACCUCAAAAAACCAUGGAAUAUGAACAAUUAUUACAUGCCUGAAACAGAAAGCCAAGUUCAACCACCGGAGCUUGAAAGUUGUGUCACCCAUGACAUAUUUGAUUUACACUCACCAGUCAAAUCUGAAACCAAAGAACUCCCAAACCCACACUCAAAUUCCUGCCUCGAAGGUGUAAGUCCUGAGCCCGCUGAACCCUAUUCAGGUUCCUUAAAUCCAUGGGGUACUCAACCACAAACCGUACCUAAUAUUAAGACCCAGUUCUCCAAAUCCACUACAAUAAUCACCAGAGAAAGAAGAAAGAGAAAGCGUACAAGGCCAACCAAGAACAAAGAAGAAAUAGAGAGCCAACGCAUGAACCACAUUGCUGUUGAACGCAAACGCCGUCGCCUAAUGAACGACCAUCUUAACUCUCUCCGUUCUUUCAUGCCACCCUCUUAUGUUCAAAGGGGUGAUCAAGCAUCUAUAAUAGGAGGUGCAAUAGAAUUUGUGAAGGAACUAGAGCAGCUUCUUCAAUCUCUCGAAGCACAAAAAAGAAUGAAAGAAAUAGGAGCAGGCUCCACCAUCGGCAUUUCUUCCAACCAAUACUUUACUUCGCCGCCACAAAGUGACAAUCUGGCGGAGGAAGGAGGCAAAUGUGAAGAGAUAAGAACAGUGAAGAAGAAGUCGGAGGCGGCGGAGAUAGAGGUGACUGCUGUACAAAACCAUGUAAAUUUGAAGAUAAAGUGUCAAAGAAGUCUUGGGCAGUUGGUGAGAGCUAUUGUUGCAUUGGAGGAACUUAGCCUUACAGUUUUGCACCUUAACGUUAGUUCUUCCCAAGCAACAAUUCUUUACUCAUUCAAUCUUAAGUUAGAGGAUGAUUGUGAGCUGGGAUCAACAGAUGAGGUAGCAGAAGCAGUUCAUCAAAUAUUCAGCAGUUUCAACGGCUAGCUGAUUGGUCUGUAUGGUAGGAGUGCUACCUGGCAAGAGAGGCAGGUUACAGCUGAAUUUAUAGGAUUAUUACAGUACUGCCUUCUUCUUUAUGGAAAACAAGAAAAUGUAAUUUUGGCUUCAUGAGGGUGGUAGAUGAGGAGCAGACUAGGCAGAAGGGCACGACCAUUUGUCUCCAUUCUAAGCUAGUACCACAGAGAGGACUGCUGCCAGUACACAGAAGUGCACAGAAGCAGAUGAUGUUUAUUGCUUAACCUGCUGAAAUAGUUUGCCUCGCUCUGUCUUUUUUUUUUUUUUUUUAUUUAGCAGGAAGGGGGG